AAUUAAUAAUAAUUAAUUAAAAGAAAAAAUUUAUUCAAAACUAGGAAAAUGAGAAAAUUAGUUAAGCUGUUUAAAAAUUGCUAGAUAACCUAAAAAGCUUUUUGCUAGAUAACCUAAAAAGCUUUUAUGUUUCAUUCACUGAAUAUGAAUUAAAGGUAUUUCUUUUCACAACCUAGCUCAAAUACAAAUUCUUUCAAUCAGAAUAUUGAAGUAGAUUACAAAAUAUCUUAAGAUGAGAGAAAAACAGUUGAUCUUAAUCUGCUAUCAAGAAAUUUAGACCUAUAAAAUUUAUCUUAAGAGAGUGCUAAAUAAAAAUACUUGAUUCAUAUAUAAAAAUAUCCAAGAACAACAGAAAUUCAUAUGCUUUACGGAUUAAUAUUUUAGUCAAUGAAAAUGAUUGAAGAUGCUAAAAAUUGCUUUUAAGAGGCUAUAAAAAUUGAUUCCAAUAGCACUUUAGCUUAUUAAUGUUUAGCAGAUAUUUAUGAAGAUAGCUGGAAUUUUUCAGAAGCUGAAAAGCAUUUACUGAAAGCUUUAGAAAUUAGCUCAAAUUAAAUUCAUUUAAAUUAUAGGUUAGGAGUUCUUUAUUAAAAAACUGGGUAGCUUGAAAAAUCUAAGACAUUCUUUCUUAUUUAUGAAGGCCAAGAGAAAGCUUUAAAAAUGAAAAGUUAAGACUAAUAAUCUAAGAUUUAGUUAGGAUAAUUUUACAAAAAGAUAGGAAAAAUUGAAGAGGCUGCUUAGUUUUUCUAAAAGGCAGAUGAGAUUCAACCUUUUUAAGAUAGUGAACUAAAUUACAAUAUAGGUUUACUCUUUUAUUAAACCAAAUAAUUUCAAGAGUCAAUAAAGUGUCUACUGAAAUAUAAAGAAAAAUAUCCAUAACAUUUUAAUACCAACUAUGUUCUGGGGUAAGCUUACUUACAACUAAAGUAAUUAAAAGAGUCUGAAAUUUGCUUUCUUUAGGCUCUCGAAAUUUAACCAUAAUCAGCAGACGUGUGCUUUUCUCUAGGAUUGAUUUAUUUUAAUUUAAAGAUGAAUGAAAAAGCUUAAAAAUAUUUUUUAAAAGUUUAAAAAACUGAUCCUAAAGAUUUAGAUUCAGCUUUUUAUUUAGGGUGUUUGUAUUAAAGCGAUAAUAAAUAAGAAGACGCAAUUUAUUGUUUCUAAAAGGUUUUAGAAAUUAUUCCUUAAUGCUUCGAAGCUAAUUUUUAAUUAGGAUUUUCUUUAGAGUUAAUUGGAAAAGUAGAAGUGGCUAAAGAGUAUUUCUAAAAGGCUUUUGAAAUCAAACCGUAAUCAGUAGAAGCAUAUGUCUAAUUAGGAAUUUUUUACUUGAAGUUUGGUAGGAAAGAUGAAGCCUAAUAGUGUUUCAUAAUGGGUUUUAACAAUAAUCCUAAAGAAUUUGAGUCAUUGAUUUCAGAAAAUGUUGAUUCUUAAUUAUUCACAAAUUUAAAAGUCCAAAAAGAUUUAGAUCAAGUAAAUGAAAAAAAUUUUUAUUCUAGCCUCUAUCUAGGAUAUGUUUAUGAAUUAAUUGGAAGGUUAGAAGAUGCCAAAAAACAUUACUUUAAAGUUCUAGAAUUGUAGCCAAAUUUAUUGAAUGUGAACUUGUAAUUAGGAAUACUUUACAUGAAUGAAAAAAAUGAAAAAGAAGCUGAAUCGUUUUUAAAAAAGGCUUAUAAUAUUGAUCCUAACAAUUUUGAUACUAAUACACAAUUAGGGUUAUUUUAUUUAUAAAAUAAUAGAGAAAAUGAGUCUAAUUAGUAUAUUUAGAAAGCCUAUGAAAUCGAUCCUGAUAAUUAUUUAAUUAAUUAUUAAUUAGGAAUUUAAUAUAAUGAAAAAGGAAAUUAUGAAAUUGCAAAAAAAUAUUCCUAAAAGGCUUUAGAAAUUAAACCAUAAUGUGAAAAGGCAUAUAUACUAUUAGGAGAUAUCUAUUUGAAUUAAAAUAUGAAAAAAGAAGCUGAAUUUUAUUUGAUGAAAGCUUAUUAAAUUAAUCCUAACAGCUUGGAGUGUAAUAUUCUACUUGGAAGAUAUUAUUUCACGAUUUAAAAAUAUGAAGAUUCAAUAAAACAAUACCUAAUAGCAUCAAAAAUAAACCCUUCAAAUUUUGAAAUUAAUUUUUUUUUAGGAAUUUUAUAUUUAGAUGUGGAAAAUCUAGAAAAGGCAGAAUAAUACUUAUUGAAAGCUUCAUAAGCAUAGGGUCAAGAAUAAAAUAUAUAUCUUUUUUUAGGAUCUAUCUUUUUAAAACAUAAUAAAAUGAAAUAAGCAGAAUAUUAUUUUUUAAAAACUAUUGAGUCUGAUCCUACAAAUUUUUAAUAUUUAUUUUAAAUUGGAGAUUAAUACUGUAAUUUUGAAAAAUUUGAAGAAGCUAGAUUUUAUUAUCAGAAGGCUUUAAAUUUAAAACCAUCAUCAGAAGAAAUAAUUUUAAAAUUAAUAAGUGUUUACAAAAUGUGCAGCAGUACUUAAGAGAUUUAGCAGUUUCUUUUUGAAUUCUUAGAAAAAAACCCAGAAAAUUAAUAUGCAUUUACUUUAAUAGGAGGUUAUUAUGAAAAUAUAGGAAAAUUUACAGAAGCUAAGUAAUACUACUUGUAAGCUCUAUAGAUCAAUCCUGAUAACUUUAUUACGAUUUGCCACUUGAUUUAGAAUUAUAUUACUACUGGAGAAAUAGAAAAUGCAAAAUCUUAUUUUGAGAAACUUUUAAAAUUAAAGAUAAGUAAAGAUGAAGAAUAUAUUAGUAUUGGUACAUUUUAAGUAUAAUUUUAAAUGAUAGAAGAAUCUAUUUAAAGUUUCUUGAAAGCUUUAGAAAUAAAUCCUUAAAAUAGCUAAGCUCACUAUAAAUUAGCAAAAUCUUACAUGUAAAUUGGAAGAAAUGAAGAGGCAAAAAAAAGCUACUUCAAGGCUUUUAAAAUGUAUCCUGAAUCUGAAUAAGCUUUACAAGAUGUUGGUGACAAUAGCAAUAAUAAUAUACCAGUUGAAGCCUAAAAAUAUUUUAAAAAGGUUUUAUCAAUGAAUAAUCCUCGAGAAUUAAAUUGUGAUAUUAAAUUAGCAUAUAUUUAUUUGGAAUUGAAUUAAUUAGAAGAUGCAAAAUCAUAUUUCCAGCAGGCUUUAAAAAUUGAUCCUAAGCUUAUAACUGAAAUCUUGUAGGAUAAAGAAGCCAAAAAUUUCUUUGAAAAACUAUUAUGA